AUGGUAACGAAUAUUGUUCAAACAGAUUUAAUUUCAGAUGUUAUUGUAGAAGUAUUAGAACAUCUAAGUAGUAUUCGAGAUAUACUUUCAGCACUUUUAGUUAACCGAGAAUGGUCCCGUGCGGCAAUUCCAAUUUACUGGAAAGCACCAUUUAAUUAUCCGCAAGAAUUUAGUAAGACAGCACUAAAAACAUAUGAAUUAUUUCUUAAGAAUGAAAGUACAAAAGAUACAAAUCAAAAAAAGUUAACAGCACUUUAUGAUUAUCCAUCAUUUCUUAAAGUACUUAAUUAUACAAAUUUAUUGGCUUCUGAAACAAGUAAAUAUGAUAGAUGUAGAAAAAUUAAUGAAAUACUUCAAAUGCUAAAAGAUCAUGGGGUUCGUUUGGACUCAUUAAUUAUUGAAAAUAUUGGUGCAAAUAAUGAAGGAGUUUAUGGAUUAUGGGCAGCAUCAGCUUAUACACCUUAUGGAUUAUGGGCAACAUCAGUUUAUACACCUAUACUAAGUUUCCUUAAUAGU